AUGUCAGUUCAAACUAUAUUACUGGAUUUUUCUAUGGAUCCCGCUCGUUUAAGUGACGAAAAUGGACAAAAAACUGUAUUUAGCCAGUUAGAAACAGUCCUGAAAGAUUAUGUACCUAAUCUCAUAUUAGCAGCUGAUAUUAAAGUGGACGGAGGCUCGCUGAAAUUGUUAACUGGGAAAAGAGGCACAACUGUAUCCGUCAGAUUGUUCGAUCGUGGUCUCGUAACUGUGAACAUCGAAUAUUAUAAAGCAGACAACGAAGAACCACUAAUCAAUUUCAAGUCGGCGAAGGUAUUGGAAAAUCAGCUGAGAAAAUACAUCACAGUUAUAAAAUCUCAAGCAUUCCCGACAAUAAAACGUUGCUUAUUCGGCAGGUAUUUCCCCACAUCAGAUGAAAGACUACUAGAAUAUGACAUUGACGCCGUUUUGUUUGACGAACAGUCUUCCUUCCAAAAAGUGCAAAUUAUACACUCUAAGUCCUUCGGCAAUAUGCUGGUGCUAGAUGAUUUACAAAAUAUUUCAGAAGCUGAUCUUAUUUAUACUGAAACUUUGAUGCAAAGAGGGAAAGAAAGCUAUGAAGGAAAGGAAAUUAUUAUUUUAGGUGGCGGCGACGGUGCAUUAUUGUAUGAAUUAUUGAAAGAAAAUCCCAAGUUUGUGUGGAUGCUGGAAAUAGACGAGCUUGUGAUGAAGGCCUGCAACAAACACCUCAAGUCCAUCUGCGGCGAUGUGCUGGAGAGGAGAAAGGGGCCUAAUUUUGAGAUCAUAGUGGAGGACUGCAUGCUGACGGUGAAGAAGUUCGCGGCGGAGAAGAAGAAGGUGGACUACGUGUUCGGCGACCUCACCGACAUCCCCAUCAGCGACGCGGCGGGCGGCGAGCUGUGGGAGUUCAUGUGCGGCGUGCUGCGCGCCGCCUUCGCCGUGCUGCGCCCCGCCGGCCAGUUCAUGACGCACGGGAAUGGUGCCACGUCGUGCGAUUCCCUAGAGCUGUACGAACAAGUGCUCAUGAAGAUGAAGCCAGCCGUGACGUUCAGCAAGUGCAAGGCCUUCGUGCCUUCCUUCCUGGAGGAUUGGAUCUUCUACCAAAUUGCCUUCAAGGACCAAGACCAAAACGAA